AGAAGCGCCGCAGCCCGGCCCUGGCCCGCCCCUUGCCUUGGGGAGGAGGAGCCGGGCGCUGUGCGCGGUCGGGCCGCUUCCUGGUCACCUGAGGAGGAGGAAGGAGCCCGCUGAGGCUCAGGGGGCUCCGGCGGGCUCGGGACCGGCAGCCAGCAUGGCUUCGCUUUUUAAGAAGAAGACUGUGGACGAUAUAAUAAAGGAACAAAACCGAGAGCUAAGAGGUACACAGAGGACUAUAACCAGAGAUAGAGCAGCACUUGAAAAACAGGAAAAACAGCUGGAAUUGGAGAUAAAGAAAAUGGCUAAGACUGGUAAUAAGGAAGCCUGCAAAGUGCUAGCAAAACAGCUUGUACAACUGCGGAAACAGAAAAACCGAACGUAUGCUGUUAGCUCUAAAGUCACUUCUAUGUCAACUCAAACAAAAGUCAUGAACUCUCAGAUGAAGAUGGCUGGAGCUAUGUCAACUACAGCAAAAACAAUGCAAGCAGUUAAUAAGAAAAUGGAUCCACAAAAGACACUACAAACUAUGCAGAAUUUCCAGAAGGAAAAUAUGAAGAUGGAAAUGACUGAAGAAAUGAUUAAUGAUACUUUAGAUGAUAUUUUUGAUGCUUCUGAUGAAGAGGAGGAAAGCCAGGAUAUUGUUAACCAAGUGCUUGAUGAGAUAGGAAUUGAAAUCUCUGGAAAGAUGGCCAAAGCUCCAUCUGCUGCCAGAGGUUUACCAUCUGCAUCAACAUCAAAAGCUGCUACCAUAUCAGAUGAAGAGAUUGAACGGCAGCUCAAAGCUCUGGGAGUUGAUUAACUUGAUGGUGAUAGUCUGCCUUCUAAUUAUUCAGCUGCAGGCAAAUGUAAAAAGUGCAAAUACUUUUUCAAUGCAACUGAUGCCUAGGAAAACUCUGAAGCUGCAGAAAUGACAUCUUCAAGCUGAUACUCUGGAUGGAGAAGGAGACCACUUUGAAUCAACUGAUAGGGAGAACUACGCUUGCUGUGUCCAUUGCAUGCCGUUGUCUUGAGCAGUGGACUGAAUAGGGAUGUAGCUCUAAUGAUAAAUUCAUACAGUCUGAACUCAUUCUCUGUUGAAUUCAAAGUUUUCUUCUCAGUUCCUUUUCUGUCCUUAGAAUUGGCAGUUCUGUAGCUGAUGGUGUUAUCUCCUAGGAUAGCACCUGUAUAAUAUAUAUCAUUUUUAUAAAUCUAUUCCUAUAGAAGAAUUAUUAGUCUGUCAUCUUGGCAGAAAUAAAACUUCACCGUUACUCUUAGCUGAAAUUAUUUUGUUUUGAUGACAAAUAGCCUUGAAAGUCCAGCAAUUUAGGCAGAAAGAAAAAGCAGUUUAUGCAAUUAUUUCAAGUUUCUGCAGUAACUUUUAGUUGACUAAGUAGCUGAUUAUUCUUUUUAUCAAAGGAGAAGGAUACAGUCGUGCAGUUAAUUCUACUGGAAAGGGAUUUAGGUGUUAGUAAACUUCAAUGCAUGAAAGGCACUGAUUGAACUCUAUUGUACUGUAACCUAACAGUAUUCCUGUGCCUUUAUGUAUAUAAAUCUAGUGCUCUUGAUUUUUUUUUUUUUUUUUUGUCAGAAUUAGUCUUUGAAAGGAGAGUAAACCAUAAGAAAGAUAGUUUCCACAUUAUGGCAAGAGCUCUGAUGAGGCUCAGUGAUGUUUAGAAAUGCACCUGUUCAGAAAUGCUAUUUCUGCAUCUGCAAAAAGGACAUUUGCCUGAAACAUUUGUAUAUAUUUUACAGUAUUUCUUAAUGGGAGAUAACUGUACAUAGUUGAGUUUACUAAGAUACAAUUGAGCACACUGAUGAUAAACUAAAUCUAAUUCUCAGUUGUGAGGACAGUUUUGGAUGAAACAUGAUAAUUACUUGUCAAAACACUACAAUAAAAGCAUUCUGUUUCCAUUAA